AAAGAACGUAACUUCCGGUAAAAUGGGCGUGUCUUAAACUGUCAAACUAACUGAAGAAUAACAAAAACAAACACAACACUGAAGGAGCUCCGGGGACACAGGGUUGGAGGCAUGCUAUCUGAUGUGCUGUUGAAAGUAAUCAUUCCUUUGGUCUGUGAUACAUCAGAGUAGUGGAACCAUGGAGUUGUCCUCUGAUGAAGAGGAGGUUCGCACAUUCAUCAAAGUCAUCAGUGAGAAAUACAACCCAGAGAACUUUCCCUAUGGCCAAGGAGUUGUGGUUAUGCCCAGCCCCCCAGGAUCCCCUAUUAAAGACCGCCUCUUCUUACCCAGCGCACUGGUUCUUAGCGAUUGUGGAAUCAGUAAAGCUGGUGACAGGUCAACUAUAGCAGCCUUCUGUGCCCAUGUGUUAGAGCUGGAUCUGUCCUUCAAUCAGCUCAGAGACUGGGGAGAGAUUAGCACAAUUGUGUCCCACAUCCCACAUCUGGACUUCCUCAACCUAAGCAUGAACCCGCUGAGUGGUGUGGAGCUGGAGCCCAGCAUGGCUUAUGUUUUCUCCAGAGUCCAGCGACUCGUCCUCAUCAACACACAAGUCAGCUGGGACACUGUGCACACACUCACGCAAAAUACACCCGAGCUGAAGGAGCUUUUCUUAUGCCUGAAUGGAUACAACACUGUGUCAGAAUCCCAGACGACCUGUCCGUCACUACGCCUGCUGCAGAUCACAGACAACCAGCUGCAGGACUGGGCAGAAGUGAGGAAGUUUGGGCUCCUGUACCCCAGUCUGAGCACACUGGUGCUGGCAAAUAACAGUGUGGACUCUGUGGAAGACACCAAAGAAACACUGGAGUGUCUGUUCCCCAGUCUGCGCAGCAUCAACCUCAACAACUCAGGGCUAAGCAAAUGGGAGGACAUUGAAAGGCUGAAUUUCUUUCCUAAGCUGGAAGAAGUCAAAGCAAAAGGGAUUCCCUUACUGCAGUCCUACAACACUCAGGACAGGCGUAGCCUCCUUUUAGCGCAGCUGCCAUCUGUAAUGGUGUUGAAUGGAAGUACAGUGUCUCCUGGAGAAAGAGAGGAUGCUGAGAGGUUCUUCAUCAGACAUUAUCAGCACUGUCCAGAACAGGAGCUUCCUCAGAGGUAUCAUGCCCUUGUAUCCAAGUAUGGUAAACUGGCUCCUCUGGCAGAGGUGGACCUUAGCCCUCGCUGCACUGUGGUGGACGUUCGCUGGGGUGAAAGGGUGGAGGCAGUCAGCCUCCGCCUAGAGCAGACAGUGGGCGAGCUAAAGAAGCAUCUAAAGGCUCUGCUGCAGCUGCCCUCCAAAGGGAUCAGGCUUUUCUACAUCAACCGUGAGAUGUGUUCAGUGUUUGGACCUGAGGAGCUGAAGUGCAGUUUCCGAGCUCUUCAUUCUUACAGUAUUCGAGAUGGGGACGAGAUUCUAGUGAUGCCCAAAGUGAAAAGCCGCUGCAGCUCUUCUGGUAUUUAAGCCAGGAAUUUUUGUUGGUUGGAUCAGUGAAACUUGAGGAAUUUGAGAUGUUCAAAAUGGGAUAGUAAGCUUUACCUUGAGUCUUUUGAAAAGGAGAAAAGAAAAAAAAUAUUGUUCAGCCAUGAAUGUAAGAAAGUAUUGAUCUCAGUGUAUAAGAACUGUGAAACAGUAGAGCUGCACAAUUACAUUUCAUUUCAGAUAUUUUUGAAAAAACUUUACUGGCAAAGUUUUUUUUUCUUUACAGCUAUUUGUUUUCACAAGUAUUUAAGCCAUUUACCUUGUCACUUCCUGUUUUACACGCAUAAAAGCAAGUUACCAUUUUGCUGUUGCUGACAGAAAUGGACUUUUAAGUAAAAAUAUCUCAAACAUAUAUAUUAAAUUGAGUUUGUUUUAUAGAUUUUUUUAAAAAGUACCACAUGUGACAAUUAAACCAUAGAAUAUAAAUGAAAAAAACAAAGAGUCCCCAGGAGAAAAAAAAAAGUGGACUUGUCUAAUGUCAAAAUUAAAAAUGUAAUAAAUACUUACUAAAAGUUGAAGUUGAAACUUCUGCUUGGUUUCAAGUGUAACAAACACAUUCAUUUCUUCUUCCAUUUAGUAACUUGAGUGUGAACUGUACAUUUUCACGCUCAAGGUUUAGAUAACAUUACAGCUUACACAGAAAACAAAAAAUAUUUAAAUACGGCAUAUGUAGGGAUUUUCCACUAGUACCUACUCAGCACGGCUUGUUUCGACUCCUCACAGUUUGAAUUUUACCACAUACUUAGCCAGGGUUCCAAGCGAGCUGAGUCUAGCAUAGAGCACUGCCGGUCACUGAGAGGCCGGGGGCAUCGCCUGAAUGGAUGAGAACGAGAUCGUUCACAAGAAUCCCAUCAUUUUAAAGACAUGGCAACUACAAAAAUUCUGUUUGUUUUUUUGCUGUGAUCAUCAACAUGCCACAGACCAAGACCCCAGAUUGUUACCAAAAUAUCCUUCAUUGUUGUCUCCUGUUUGUGUCAUAUACAAAUGACAUCACAGGCUGGUUGGCCCAUCUUCGUGUUAGGAACUAAGUAAUUGAAAAUCACUUAAAUCAAGUCAUGGGUUGCAGCUGCAGAUUCUAGGGCUGUGUAGGUGCUCAUAGAGAAGCCCCAAUACUCCCAUAUGAGAAUGCACUCUGCACUUCUGCCAAGCGGAUGCACAAAUUGCACUCUAAUUUUUUAGGUUUCUAAGGUUUUCUUGAGAGCAGAUCCAGUACUGAAGGUUUUGAAAACCUUCCUCCGUUUUGCAGGUGAUUUGAGUGCGGAAAAUAAAGAAAUAGAAAUUGGUUGACGAAAAAGAACUGAUAAAGAACUUGCGAUCGGAAUUCCCCAGUGCUGAUUAUAUAGGCCGUAGUUUCCGUUAUGUUUGUCUAGCGAUGCAUAGACCAGCUUCCGUGCUGAAUAUUCUGAUAUGUUUUCCCUCUGUUUGCCCUUUUCAUUUGAGCCAGAAUUUAACAAAUCAGUACAUUUUUGGGUGUGUUUAUGCAUAUAGUUGCUUUGAUAUAGAAAAAGGAAUUCACAAUUUACCUUACCUCUACAUUUUAUAAAGACUGUCUCAUAAAUGCUUUAUUUUUCUACAUGUUUUACACAGCAUGUUUGAUUAUGGGAAUUCUCCCUUUAUCCUCUCUGAGUACACUAGUAACAAAUCCUUUUCCUAAUUCUUCUUGUUGACAGAUGAUACAUGCCUCCAGUUAGAUAUCCUGUGUUAACCACCGAGCUGAUGCAUAAGUACCAUGAGUUUGGGGCAACACAGAGCACAUGGCUUCUGCCUUGUCGAGAAGCCCCGGAGGAAAGAUGAGACAAGUCUGUGGCAAAGAGGGUAGUUUGGGUCUGGGACAGAAAAGGAGUUGGGCUGUCACUUGAGUUGCCGUAGGUCCUCUGGCUGUCGCGCCCAUGAAUGGAGCAACUAUCCGUUCUCACAGAGGCAGCUGAGAAGCAUUGAGACCCCGUCCGUAUGGUAACCGUAAACCAGGUGCUGUUUCAUGGAGACUUCCGCUGCCUUUAAGUUAGAAUGAGUUCACCCAUUCAUCUCAGUCUCCCCUUUACAUCAAUCCCAGAGACCUGACUCUUUAGGAGAGGACCAGUCCGACCGUUCACAUGGGCGGUGACUUUUCUCUUUUAGGAAAUUACAAAACUAAAUUCUCACCGGAUUGUUGUUAAGGUGUGAUUGUUUCUUGACGGCCGGAAUCAGAGACAUUUGUGUCACCUGCCAAAUAACAGAUUGUUCUUUUAUUACAGUUUGGCUAUUUAAGGUAUACUUGAGUGGAAAUAAUCUGUACAUGUUGGUCCUUUCAUGUUGAAUGAUGUGCCUCUUCUUUAUGGUUGUGUUUUACUUUUCCCCACCUUCUGCAGUUUUCUGGUUCAUCUUCCAGUUUCUGUAUAAUAGUUUCAGGAACUUAAUAAUCACUUCUUUGAGUAGUAAUGACACAAGAAUUGAAUGAAUUGAAUAAAAAAAAUGGAAAAGAUACUGAUACCUGUUGUCAGAUAUCCAUUGUCAGAUACUGACACAAACCAUUGUUUUUGUGUUCAUAAAUGUAGAAACAUGCAAAUCUACUUUUCUCCAUUCUUCCUCAAACUCACCUACAUAGCAGUAAUGUGCAUUUAUGCACUGACCCUCAUUUGGUUCUUUGUGUGGCAGAACUCUACAACUGACUUACCAAUAAUUUAAAAUGGAGCUAACUGUGUGUGUGGGAAAUCAGGGGAUGAACCUAGAACCUUUUGCAAUGAACACUGGUCUGCACGGUCAGUAUUGUUAUUUUGAUGUUUAAUUGUGUGUGAUGUGCUUCACUUCAGGGAAAACGAUGUGUUUGUGGGCAUUUGUAUCUUUGAAUAUUUGUUUAAUAUUAAAUAGUCACCUUGCAGCAAAUACAGGGUUGAUUCUAAGGAUUUAAAGGUUUUUAAAAAGUUUUAAAAAAAGAUCCACAAUGCAGUUUGUCUUGGGUUGUAUAGAAUAUGGUGCAUAACUUCUGUUGCAUUGGCUUUCAAGUUUUUCUUUUAUUUGUUUAUUCUUUUUCUUUUUUGCUUUGUGUGGAUCCUGACACCUUAAAUUCUUUCCUCUUAUGAGAUGAUGCUGUUUCCUUACCUGUACUGUAUAAUAGUGCUUUAAUUUCUUGAAAAGAAAUAAAAUCUAGUAAUCACA